ACGCCCGCCCCCGCAUCCGCCCAGCGCGCGGCCUGCCUGGGAGUCGCUGCUGCUCCUGCCUCUGCUGUCCCGAACGCGCGAGGCCGCUGGCAUCUGGGUCCGCCGGGCGAGCAGGAUAGGCUUCUUUGGCUUUGGAGCUCCUAGACAGGACAUCUGUCCCCUCCAGAAUGAAGGUCUUCUUGGCAGUGCUGCUGGCUGCGCUUCUGGGUGUGGAGCAAGCCCACUCGCUGAUGUGCUUCUCCUGCACGAAUCAGAACAGCAACUGGUACUGCCUGAAGCCGACCAUCUGCUCUGACUCGGACAACUACUGUGUGACGGUGUCUGCUGCUGCUGGCAUUGGGAAGGUCGUAGACUUCGGCCACAGCCUGAACAAGGGCUGCUCCCCGAUCUGUCCGGGCCCAAGUGUCGAUAUUGGUGUGGCGUCCGUGGGCACCCGCUGCUGCCAGAGCUUCCUGUGCAAUUUCAGCGCAGCCGACGGUGGGCUGCGGGCCAGCACUGCCCUGCUGGCCCUGGGGCUACUGCUCAGCCUGCUGCCAGCCCUGCUGCGACCUGGCCCCUGACCACUCGGACCUGUGCCCCCACCCCCACCCAGCUCAGGAAGGAAAGCCCAGCCCCUCCCAGACUCCUCACCGUGCCUGACACCCCUGCUUGGCCCCAGGGUCAGGCCCAUCCCCUCCACUUGCCCCAGCCCUUGCCCAGGUGGAGUCAGCUAUCCUCACUUUCAGAGUCAGUGAUGUGACCUUCCUCAGGGGACUGGGGAAGGGAUGAGAUGUCUUAGGGUGCUGGGGUCAGAACUGAGUCCUGUGGACAUACGGGACCCUUCCUAAGUCCCAGGCCCUGGCGGCCCUUAGGCUGGCUGCACCAGAUGGGGUGCCCGUGAAUGUGGGGGGGCUGUGGUCGUGGGUGGUAAUGGGCUCUGCAGGUGUGAGUGAGGCUGUGUUUGGGGGAGGGAGGGUGGGAGCAGCCUGCAGAGCCCCAAGCCCACAGAGCCCCAAGCCCACAGAGCCCCUUCCCUGGCGUUGCUGUGCCCCCAGUGCACUCCUUUGACAGCAGCCCCUGUGAGGCAGGGCUUCCUCUGCUUCCCAGUUUAGGCUCCCACCCCUAAAUCUACCAGCCCUGCCUGCCCCCUCCCACCCCCACUGGAGCCCUCCUGCUGCUUUGGUGCCUCAAAUAAACACAUGUCCCCACCC